AUGCAUCUCAUGUUCAUCCCCGACGGCCACGGUGGGCGCCAGUACUCGCUCAAGAAGGUGCUGGACGGCCAGGUGACCAAGUCGGCGCACCCGGCGCGCUUCUCGCCCGACGACAAGUGGUCGCGCCACCGGAUUGCGCUGAAGAAGCGUUACGCGAUCCUGAUUGAGAAGAAUAGAUGGAAGUUGACAGCCAUUAUUUCACCACCUGCAGAAGCUUGCAAGCAAUAG